AUGUCUCACUCAGACAACAAUAUCGCUACUUCAGCGCAAUCAUCGUCACGCAAUGAGAAGAUGUGGUACUGCUCUCGUCGAAAUAUGAUUGGCGCCACCCUCUUUGUUGGAUUGGGAAUUGCCGUUGCCUUUACUUCCGGUGCUGCUGGUGCUCCUUUCUUUGCCCUCAUGUGGUUUGUGGGGUUACCUAUGGUGUAUCUGAUAAUCCGAUACAUCUGGCUACGACUGUGCCGAGAUCCCUUUCUAUCUCAAAGUGAUACGCUGAGUGCUGUUACUUGGGAAUCCAUCACCACGUGCCCACCAAGCCUCCAACGAACAGUCCCUACUAUUCUUUUCUGGAUCUUCUUUAUGCUAUGUUUCGCAGGCGCUUUUUUCGGUCUCGAUAUUAGCAGUGAAAAUGUGGAACCAGACAUGUUCAUUGUGGUUACCUUUAAUGGAUUCGGAAGCCUGUUGAUUUUGUGCAGUGCCGUUUGGCUCGUGGAUGCCCUCUGUUUGCUUUAUCUGUUUGUAGUGGCAGACAAGAUGCUGGGACACACGGGUGCCGCGCAAGACUGGUGGUACCGUAGCAAAAUGAUGUUGUUGUCUCAACAACAAGAAGAAGAAGCCGCCCGGCAAUCUGUGGCGACUGCUGCAACUGGCAAUUCUGAAACAGUAGACGAUGCGGACGCCGAAAAGCCAAGACAAUUGGAUCAGAGACGCUCGGCCGCCAAGUGGAGACUAUUGCUGAUUCUUGUACUUUACACAUGGUGGACGGUCUGGUCCUAUUUCGCGGCAUAUGAUCCAACUGUUUUGAAACUGAAUGUUCCAGUUCCCAAGUUGCCCCCUGAGUGCGAUGGAUACAAACUCGCCAUGGCAGCGGACUUGCACGUGGGAUCCAUGGCCGGUCUCAGCGAUGCCGAAUGGAUGGUCAAUAAUCUAAACGCCUUGAAUCCGGAUGCCAUUGCCUUGGUGGGAGAUAUUGGCGACCAACCCGUGACGGAUAUCACCCGCCAAAAGAUGGAACCUCUGACGCGUCUGAAAGCACCAGAUGGAGUGUACAUGAGCUUUGGAAACCACGAAAACAUUGAGGGUGUUGCCGAUUACCGUAAGCUGCUUCGAGAAGAGGCCCCUUUUGCGGAAACUUUGGUUCUCCUAGAGAACCAACAUGCCAUGUUGAACAAGGCCAACACCGAUGGCUGCUCCAUUGCCCUCAUUGGUAUGGCCGAUUGGAGUGGUAAACGAGAUGCUCUUUUUGAAGAUCAAAUCGCGCCCGACUAUGAAACAGCCAUUCGAGUUCAAGCUGGACUCAAUGGUACCUUUAUUGAAAAUGAUGAACCCAUUUCCUCCGACUUGCCAAUGAUCAUGUUGCAGCACCAACCGUUUGGCAUGAAGCAAGCGGCCAAGGACGGGGUUGGACUUCAACUCAGUGGUCAUACACACGGCGGACAAAUCUGGCCCCAGCACAUCACCUUGCUUUCAUAUGACGGUAUUGCAGGACUGGCAGAGUUUGAUGUUGGCUCGGAACACGGACCAUCGUACCUCUUUGUAUCGGAAGGUGUGGUUGGAUGGGGCCCUCGCCUUCGUUUCUUGUCUCGCACGGACAUUGCACUGUUGACGCUUCGGACACCAGAGGCCAUGAAGGCGGAAGGAUUGAAACCGGAUCUAAGUGUAUCCGUGGCCACCGCUGCCAUGUAUUUUGCAAUAUCCAUCAUUCCAAUCAGCUUGUUACUAUGCUUGGUUCCAAUGUGUUGUUGGGCUCGACAACGGCGGACCGACAACAGAAGGCAACAACAAGGAGUAGAGACUGAAUCAAAGGACAAGGAUGAAGAGGAAGGCAAGGCUGUUUCAAACUGA